AUGGCCCAUGUUCAGGAAGAACGUUUUCGAUUUCAGAAUCCAGAAUGCGAUGAUGAGCCGCGCCAUGUAUUUCUUGGUAUGGAUCCAAUGGACCACCCAAGCCAAUUCUCCGAGUCGCAUACGCCUCCACCGGUAGCACCUGGGGAACUGGUGUCUUCACAGGCAACACUUGCCACUCGACAAGUGCGACAAACCUCCGCCACCAAGGGCGUCGCAGGCCAUGUUUGCAGAUGCAGUUUUCAUGCUGAUGCUCCUCAUAAAGGUCGUUCUGAUGUCGCUCAUUCGCCACGAUGGAUUCCUGCAGGAGGUAUUGUUGGUAGUGGACCUCAUCGCGAGUGUGUUCGUGUCUUCUGGCGUCCCGCGAAGGUCUUGUUAGAUCCAUCUAGUUGUGCAUCUGCGCCGGUUUUACAAGAGUGCAAGAUCUGUGCGGAUGCCAUAUAG